AUGAGCAUCUCCACGUGUGUUCGCUCUUGUGGUUGCCGAACAUAUUCUUACUGGAUGGUGAUGAUGAGGAAAUCAACGAGCGUUUGGCUGAGGUCUGCCCAGAUUCGUGUGGAGGCUCUCCUUCCUUUUCUACCCCACAUCUCUGGUCUUGGUAUCGAAAUCUCAAGCGCUGCUGCAGCCGAACAGUUGAGGGGGAGCUUAGGGGAAUUCCAUGGCCGUCUAGAACGCAUUUGGGUGGAAUACUCUGUGGAAAUCGAUGAAUGUAUCAAUAGCAUUGGCGAGAGCUGCAAGGAGGUCUAUCUAGCUUCUACUGGUUCAUCAUACAUAACUGUUGAGCUUGGUACGAAGGUUGAGAAGGUCGUCCUGGCCGGUAAGCUCAGCAGCAAGACGCUACGGUGUUUCACGGCGUUACCUAGCAACCAGUUGAUCAUAUUGGACCUCUCACACUGCCGUUUGCCGCACCGUAUGAAAGUCAGUGUUGAUGACAUCUUGGAACGUCAUCACGGAUCGUUGAGCUAUAUGGCCUUCAAGUACUUCCCACUACCCUUGUCUCGUCUUGCUGGUGUCGGGGCGAGGUACCCGAGGCUUGUGUGUUUCCCCAAGCUUCUUAGAGGGCUCGACGUUAUGCAGGUGGUCCUUACUGAUCUGUCGCCGAGGAUGACGUACAGUGCUCCUACUGGUAGUAGAGAGGACUACUUCUCUCGCUUUGACCAUCUGCCUUUGAUCGGUUGGAGCGAAUUUGGCGUUUUCGCUUCCACAUUGGCAAUCUUCGACUUCUGUGAGCUGGAGGCAACUUGGGCCUCUCUGGCUGGGGAAAUCAAGGGCUUGUGGGCAGCUGCGGCCAAGUCUGUUGAGCAGCUCUAUGGAGACUAUAGGAAGUACGUACCUGCAUCCAAACUGCCUCCAGCUUCGUUCGAUCUCGAGCUGUCCAGCGACUCUGGCUCCGCAGAAGUUGAUGACGAUAACAGCAGACUCUCGGGCAAUCGUGUGAAGAGCCUCGACGGCUGUUUGGAUGGUUUGGCUCACCUAAAGCAUCUUGAUUUGAGCUACAACCGCCUUACCUCUCUUGAGGACGCUGGUUCGAGUCUUGGUAACCUCAUGGCUCUUGAGAGGCUCGAGCUGCAGGGUAACAGCAUAAGCCAACUGCUGGGUCUUCAACAGUGCUGGCGUCCUCCUCCUCCGUCUUCACCACUCAACGCUUCUGACAGCAUGCCCCCCGGUGUCACUUAUCUGGACCUUCGAGAUAACCGCAUCGAGGAUUCAACACAGCUACUGUAUAUAUCUGGGAUGACUAUAAAACAAUUGCUCAUGCGUGGGUCUCGAGAGCACCGCAAUACGAUAUGUGAAGACGCGAACUACCGUCUGAUGGUGCUACAGACUUUACCGGAUAUCGAGGUCUUGGAUGGGAGAAUCGUCACGGAAGAUGAACGGAGGGAGGCUAGGAGCAAAGCUCUUGUUAUACUGCGGUGCACGAGGAAAGAUGAGAGGGUGAAGUUACCCGCAGAUCGAACAGGUAGUACUCUGGCUCAACACAGCACGAGGCGGUCUGCUUCUCACUUGAGGAAUCCGUGGGUGGAUACGUCACGAUCGACUGGAUCAAGGGAGAAGGCAGCGUCAGAGCCGCUUGGGGGAGGAAGGAGCAGCUUGCGUCGGAGUCAGCAGGUCGAGGCUGUCGAGAGCCUAUCUACCCAAAACGACUCUGCGGAGGCGAAUCGGCGAAUACAGGGAGAUGAGCAUAGGGAGUGCGAGAGGCAGGUGAGGCAGCUGAGGGCGAUGGUCGCGACUAUGCAGGAACACUAUGAAGCUAUGCUGAGGGAGGCCUCGGCCAGACUGGAUGGUACUCGGGACCAGCUGGAGGCGAUUGAGGAGGAGCGCCGUCGCCUGGAAGCUUCAGUGAAGCAUGGGGAGAAGGCUAAAUUGAAGCACGAGGCGGCUCUGGCGAAGGACCUCAAGCUGCUCGAGGCCGACAUGGAGAAGAGGAACAGACGAUUGAAGACUCUGGAGGAGAAUCUCACUAAAAGUGAGCAGGAGGGGCAGGAGGCGCAUAAGGUGGUGGAAGAGCUCCAGCGGGAGAAGGAGGAGUUGUUGACGGCGAAGGAAGAUCUGAUCACAAAGUGCUCCAACAUGGAGGAAAAAAUCAAAGAUUUGGAGGAGUCCAUGCUGAAAAUGAGAGAGUUGGAGUUGGAAGUGAGCAGGUUGAAGGCCCACAAGGCAGAGGAGCCCGUAGCGGCUCCUGUUAAGCCUUCACGAGAGGAUGUAUCGGCUGAAGUGGAGGCGGCUAAACGCGAGGCUAUUGCGGUUGUGGAGGAGAAGGCAUCUCGAUUGGAGGGAGAGGUCGCUGAUUUGAAGAGGGAGCUUCAGGAGCGCAGAGAGCAAAUAAGGUGUCAGCGGCAGGCCUAUGUGGCGUUGGAGGAGCAGUUUCGACUCAAGGCUGAAAGGGACGAGAGCAGGGUGACAGAGCUUACUGCUCAGCUAGGGAGCGAACGGAAGAUGAGUAAGCUUUCAUGA